AUCUCGAUCGUCCUGCUUGCUGCCUUGCAUGCGACGCGUUCAAGCACGCUACGUAAUAAACAACAUGGAGUUUGUGGUGACAUUCAGUUUGAAAAUGUGUCAAAUAAAUCGAUAUCAGUGCAAUAGGUUGAUGCUAACAUAAACAAUCAUGAUUCCUAUCCCGCGUAUUAAUUACUAGCAAAGAUUCAAGUUGUUUGUCAUCUUGUAAGAAUGGCAUCAGAUAAGGUCUUAUACCGCCUGGACCAACCGCAUGGUCCUGGAAACGUGUACAUUGCUUGGCGCCCUGGCAACGGUACAUAUUUAGCUACGACCGGUUGCGAUUCGGCAGUUGUGAUAUACAACCGUCAAGGGGAAAUACAAGACCGUAUUCAACUUCCUGGUCUAUGUACCGGCAUGGGUUGGGACGCCGACGGAGAUUUAUUGGCUACGAUUUCAAACGGAUCAUCUGCUAUUACCUUGUGGGAUGCAACGACAGGAAAAAAAUCGCAAAUAGAUACGGGACUAAGAGAUAAUUUAACUUGCAUGAUUUGGUCGAAAAAGAACUGCACUCUUGCAGUGGGUACGCAAAAAGGAAACCUAGCGCUUUACGAUCAUAUUAAUGCCAAACGAAUUCCUAUUCUAGGUAAACACAAAAAGAGAAUUGUUUGCGGCGCGUGGUCAAUGGAGGGUCUCCUUGCUUUGGCGAGUGAAGAUAAGGUUUUAUCCAUCAGUACGUGCGAAGGUGAUACACGUAGGGAAAUAACAAUACAAGGAGAACCAUCCGACCUUCAAUUUAGUGAAAUGAAAAUGGACCAGAGAAUCGGCGGUGAAAACACGGUAUCGCUUGUUGUCAGUAAAACAACGUUAUUUUUAUACAAUGUUUUGGAUCCAGACAAUCCGAUUGAAUUAGCGUUUCAAAAGCGCUAUGGUCAAAUCGUGACUUACAAGUGGUAUGGCGAUGGUUACAUAUUGGUUGGUUUUGAAGCUGGCUUUCUAAUAGCAAUAUCAACGCAUAUCAAAGAAGUUGGACAAGAGUUAUUUCAAGUCAAAAAUCAUCGAGAUUCUUUAAAUGAUAUUGCACUGAACAACGUUGCUGGAAAACUUGUAACAUGUGGCGACAAUACGUUGAAAGUACAUAGUAUACAAAAUUUAGAAGAAACCAAUAAAGUGAUAACUUUGGCAGGAGAGACAGGCAUCAGUCACGUGGAAUGGUCAUCCGACGGCAGUAUGUUAGCCGCUGCAACGCACGGUGGAAAUGUUUUAAUUUACUUAUUGCAAUUACCAAAAAUAACCAGCGUAUGUGGAAAUAGAAUUGCCAUUCUAACGAGCCUGACUGAAGUGGUUGUACAUUUAUAUAUGCUUGACAAGAGUAAACCAACACCGCAGACAAUCAAUACCCUGAUAGAGCCAUCUGUAAUGGCUGUUGGGCCUUUGCAUUUAGCAGCAGCUUUGAAUAACAGAGUAUUAUUUUGGAAUUUAACAAAAUUCAAUUAUGAUCAUCCCGUACAUUUUGAAAGGGAUUACUUAGGGACAGUUGAGAGCAUAUGCCUGAAUCAAACUUUUGUUUCUGUUCUGUUUGACGGGAAGCUUCAGUUACACACUAUAGAAACUGAACAGGACUCGGCGAACGGUGCAACUGAAUCAAAAAUAUUUCCACAAACUAACACUUCGGAUUCUAAAAUAACGUGCCAUGCUCUGUCACCUGACUUUUUAGUUUACGGAAAUGAUAUGGGACGGAUAGUUUAUUUCUACUUGGAGGCAUUUGAUCAAUCUAGCGAAAUUACGCACAUGAAUGGGAUCAAACAGAUUUAUCUAGAUGCGAACGGAACACAGCUGUCUUUUAUAGAUGAAAAAUACGAUGCAUAUGUUUACGAUCCGAUAAACGAAAACAUUAUACCAAUACCAGAAUGUCCAGAUUCAAUAGAAGGCAUUAUAUGGGAUCAAAAUAUUUUCGAACGUGGAGUAUUUGCAGUAUACAAUCAAACCAUUAUCGUCACUUAUAUUUUUGUGAAAUAUCAUAUAGAAGGAAGCAAAGUGGUAAAAGUCUCCCAGACAAAAUUACCUGUGGAAACUUUACCAAUGCUGAUGUAUUCUGGCGAAGUAACAUUAAGUACAGCUGGUAGUAGAUUGACGCAACUAACGUUAUCAUCACACGAAGAAAUUGGUAAUAUUGUUGAUAUGAAAAGAAUAGAGGAAAUUUUAGAAAAUCACCUCGCAUGUAGAAGGUUUAAACAUGCCUGGGACGCAUGUGUCAAAUUGAAUGAUCGUGAAUGCUGGAAAUCUUUGGGAACAAGUGCAUUGGCUAAUUUGAACAUAGAAUUCGCAUUACGAGUUUAUAGGCACGUAGAAGAUGUGUCAACUGUGUGGUCUUUGCAAAAGUUAGAGAACAUAGAUGAACUCGCAUUGUUAUGUGGCCACACAUCAACUUUACUGGGGGACUAUAAUCAAGCUGAAAAGUUCUUUUUACGCUCCUCCCAACCGGUUGAAGCUUUGAAUUUAAGAAGAGAUUUGAUGCAAUGGGAACAAGCUCUCAAUUUAGCACAGAAAUUAAAGCCAGAAGAAAUUCCGUUCAUUGCUAGAGAAUAUGCUCAGCAAUUGGAAUUUACAGGGAAUUAUCCAAAAGCUUUAGCUAAUUACGAACGAGGAUUGGUCGAUAGUAACAUUCAGUCGACUUUGGCCUUUCAAAAUAUCAAUCAUAGGAGUCAAUGUCUUGCAGGCAUUGCAAGAAUGUCUAUAAGAUGCGGAGACAGUAGAAAAGGUGUCGGCAUAGCCAUGGAUGUGGACAGUCCACGGUCUCUAAGAAAAGAGUGCGCAGAAAUUUUAGAAAUAAUGAAGCAAUUCAGUGAAGCUGCAGUUUUGUAUGAAAAAUCCGAAUAUUUUGAUAAAGCUGCUUCAGCAUACAUAAAACUAAAAAACUGGCAUAAGGUUGGUCAACUUUUGCCGCAAAUAUCAUCUCCGAAAAUUCAUAUUCAAUUUGCUAAAGCUAAAGAACUUGAAGGAAAAUAUGAAGAAGCUGCGAAGGCAUAUGAAACUGCAAAGGAUUUUGAUAAUAUAAUUAGAAUCAACUUGGAUCAUUUGAAUAAUCCUGCUAGAAGCGUGGAAAUUGUUCAACAAACAAAGAGUAUUGAAGGUGCUAAAAUGGUAGCCAGAUUUUUCCAAAGGAUGAAUGACUACAAUUCUGCCAUUAAAUUUCUGAUUCUUUCCAACUGUCAUGACGAGGCUUUCCAGCUGGCGAAUCAACAUGGAAAAAUGGAACUAUAUGGAGAUAUUUUAGUUACCACACUUGACAACGACAAUGUUAGAAUAGAAGAUUUCAAAAGCCUUGCGAUUCAUUUUGAAUCACAGAGAAAUAGUCUAUUAGCUGGGAAGUAUUAUUUUUAUGCAAAGGAAUACCAGAAGGCCUUAAAACAUUUGCUAAAAGCUGCUCAACUAGCCGCUGAUGACGACGCUGCUCUUACAUUAUCAAUAGAUACUGUAGCAUCAUCAAAAGAUGAAAAAUUAGCAAAUCAACUUAUAGACUUUUUGUUAGGUGGUGAUGGAUUACCAAAGGAUCCAAAAUAUCUCUUCAGACUGUAUAUGGCUAGGAAACAAUACAGAGAAGCUGCGAAAACUGCUAUCAUUAUUGCCAAUGAGGAACAAAUCAAUGGAAACUACAGAAAUGCUCACGAUGUACUAUUUGGUAUGUACCAAGAACUGAAGAGAAACAAAAUCAACAUACCUUUGGAAAUGCAAAAUAAUCUCAGGUUAUUACAUUCAUAUAUACUGGUGCGCCUGCAUGUGAAAAGAAACGACCAUUUACGUGGUGCUCGAAUGUUAGUAAGGGUAGCAAACAAUAUUUCAAAGUUUCCAUCGCAUAUCGUUCCUAUUUUGACCUCCACUGUGAUAGAAUGUCAUAGGGCUGGUCUAAAGCAUUCAGCCUUUAAUUUUGCUGCAAUGCUUAUGCGCCCUGAAUACCGAUCUCAGAUCGAUGCAAAGUACAGUAAAAAGAUUGAAGCCAUUGUGAGGAAACCUCCAAAGACCAAGGACAAUGAAAUGGAGAAUGAACCAUUGACACCAUGUCCAUAUUGUAAACAUAGAUUACCAGAAACGGAAGUCACAUGUGACAAGUGUAAAAACACAAUACCCUUUUGCAUAGCAACGGGUCGACAUAUUCUGGAAGAUGACUUUACAGUUUGCCCACAAUGUGAUUUUCCUGCUAUUGCAACUGAGUUUUUGCGCAUCAUUGAAACAGAAGAAACAUGUCCGAUGUGUACAGAACAUGUGGAUCUUAACACGGUUUCGUCAUCUGUCGAUAUACGACCAUACCUUGAUCUUCAAGAUUCAAAUAUAUCAAAGAUUUAAGCUAUCUUUCCCAUGGAAUGCAUCUAAAAUCUGUUAAUACAUACUGGGCCAUAAGUUGGAAAAAUAAUUUGACUGGCGGAUCGUGCCUUAAUUAGCUCAAAGUUUUAUUGUUGUAACCACAUAUCACGGUAGAGUAUAGAUCAUAUGAUGUAAUGCAAACCACAAAGCAUAUAAUGCAAUUUUCAACAGUUUUAAGGACUUGAGUUGUAAACUGGAGUUGUGAGAGUAUACAUGUACUAAAGAAACCAAUAAUAUUUUAACUUUAACAGAUGAAUUUGCAAGUUGUUAACUAUUUACUUUAGUUGAUAAUUUUGCAAUUCUGAUAAUUGUGGUUUGUGUGUAAAAUGUUUCAACACAUAUUCAAAUUUUUGGAAUUAGCAAGACUGUGAAGGUAUUACUACGUUCAUUUGUUUUUGAAAGCAUCUUUUGUAUUGUAUUUCCAAAACUGCAGUUUCUCAUUCACACUUACAAUUAAUUUAGCGCUUCAAAUAUAAUUCUGACAAUCAAUAAUUGGUCUCCUACGACCUGCCUUUCAUUUUAUGUAUAUCUUUGUGCAAUAGCUAAAUCACAUACAUUAACUGCGGUGAUUGAUGUUGAUAUAAUAUUAUGUAAUUGU